AUGAAAGCAUUCCGAUAUAAGGAUUAUCGACCUAACCCUCGACAAACAACCCCUAUUCCAAUUUCCAUAAAGGAUUCUUUGUUACCUGUAGAUCUUUUUAAUGACUUUAAGUUUGCCGUCCUUUCGAUUUAUAAUCGCUUACUAGGUAGACCUUCUUCAUCGAAUCUUUGGCCUAAUGACAGACCUACUCCGGAAGAGGAUGUUUUAGAAGAAAAAAAAGGAUUUUGGGAAGAAUUUUGGAGUUUCUUAACUUCUCCGUUUUCCGGACAUCCUGGGGAGGCGGAGGUAAAUAUAGAACGUGGUGGAGAGAAAGGGAAGAAUUCGAAUGAAGAACGGACAAUAAUACGGAUAUGCCGGGCCAUAGGAUUAAAAUGA